GUGUCGUCGUUGUCGUCGUCGACGUCGUUGAUCGCCGUUCCGCGAGCAACCGUGAAUUUUCCCUCCCGGCCCGUCUACCUGUCCCGCAUACUCCCGUUUCGUUACAUCGCGUCGACCGAUUCCUCGCAGCAAAUCACGAACGAUCGCUUGAUCGCUCUCGUUUCCUCGAAGAGACGUCGCAGUCUCUCGCAUGGAAGGGCGCGCGAGGGCCGCGUACCAGAGACCUGCUGCCCUCUCGUCUCUCUUAACCUAUAUUAAAGGAUCAAUGACUGGACGUUGUCGCACGUACGCGCGUCGAGGAAUACACCGUCGUGACACUCGUUAGUCCGCGAUUUCAACGAGUCCGAAAUCUGCGAAAUCUUUGGGAACGAUCGUUUUUUUCGUGGAAAUAUUUCGGCGUUCGCUCUCAGGAUGAAUCGCACGAUGGAUGAGAAAGAGGAGUUGGUGAAGAAGGCCUUAUUUAGUUUCGUUAGAAAGCAGGUGCCCACCGCUCAGCUAAGUUUAAUAGACGACAUUGUGCUCAGUUAUGUAGUGAGUAUGGUAGAAGAGAGCGCGUUAGAGGAGAAUUUAGAUGUGGACGGUCUGUGCGAGAUGGUAUCUGCUUGCCUUCCCGAAUUUUCCACCAUUGAAAAAGAGGCAGUGUCAAAAUGGUUGCUGGAUGUAGAAAGUAAAUUGAAACAGGAAAGUAAGGAGAAUGAGAAUUGCCAAUCUCAUAGCGAUCCAUUGAAUCACAUUAGUCUGGCUGCUCUCUUGCCGGCUGGUGCGCAGAGAAUGCGAGUCCACCAUUUGUCGGAAACCAGUGAUGCCGGAAGCGAUUCCAGUGGGGAAUACUUUUCGGAAGAAUCCUCUUGGCAUCAGGUCGCUUUGCUGCAGGAGAUGUUUCCAGCGGCGAGUCCUGCCGAAGCUAGGCAUUGUUUAGCCGUGGCUGGGGGUGAUAUAGCAAAGGCCGCGCAACUCGCGUUACACCGUCAAGAGGCAGGUCAAAGUAUCGUGAGCAAUCUUACGUUUUUAACGCCCAAUGGUCGUAAUAAAGCAAGAUUGAACGAUGAGGAAUUGAAGUCUCGUAUCAUAGCGCGAUACAGUUACGUCGACAGAGACGAUGAUUGUCGCGAGCAUCGCCCAGUCGCGCCGAAAACAGAACCCAAGAAGUUGGUACGAUAUCUCGACAAUAAAAUCGUAAGUGUAAAAGGUGAACGUUAUACGGAAGUGCGAAGGGGCGGCGAGGAUGAAGAUGGUAACGAAGGUGGUAGAAAGAGAGGCCAUUGCCGUCCGUAACCAGUCCCUUUGCCUCCACCCCCUGAUCCACCCCCUUGGAGGCAUCUAAGAGAUUUUCGAUUGAAUCUUUAACUUAGAUCAUUUCCAUCUUACUCGUAUAUAUAUAUAUAUAUAUAUA